AUGGGAAAAGUCACUUUGAAGGUCGAGUGCCUGAGCACGGUCCGUACCAAGCUCCUCGCCUCGCACAAGGUCAACUUUCUCAAGAUCCAGAGCAGGGUGCGACGGCGGCGAUGGUGCCGGGGAUGUCCCGGCCGUUGCUGCUUCGGAGACGGACGAGGCCGCCGACCUGCUGCAACACAUCUACGCUCUCCAGCGGCUCGGUCGGCCCGGGUCGAUGAUCGACACGGACCGCAGUCUCCGCAGUCGUCCCCGUGGAAGCGGCCGAUGCUGAGAGCCCUGAGCACGCACGUGUCCGCCGAAGACGGGUUGACCGUCACAUACUUCAUCUACACCAGUAGGCUUCUCUUCGAGCUCAUCGCGGACCCCGCGAUAAGCGGCAUGAUGAAGAGCCUCGAGCCUGUGGCGCAAGUGACACCCCCCGCCGUCAUCGAGAAACAGCCCGUGCAGUUCGUCUCCACCCGUCCAGGCUUACGACGAACCCCUGCCGCCUCCCCUCCUUCUUCCGCUGCGUCGGGGACCUCCUCGGGCACCGCCGCCGCUCGCGGCCGCGCGGGUGCCAACGGCAGCAGCAGCAGCAGCAGUGGAAGGCGAGGGGGUAGUAGUGCAGGUGGUAGAGGGAACGGCCAGGGAGAAGAAGACCGGAGUAAGCGGGGCGGCCGCGGCGGCGGUGGUGGCGGCUCCAGUAUUGGCCUUGCUUCGGUUGCUGUUGCUGCUAUGGCGGCGGCGGGUGGUGGUGGUGGUGGCGAUGACUCGGGCGUGGCGGCGGCGGCGGGUGGUGGUGAUGGUGGCGAUGACUCGGGCGUGGCGGCGACGGCUGCGGCGCGGCGGGAGUACGACUUCUCGCUGGCAGGGAUACUGAAGUCGGCGGAGAGCUCCGGGUACCGGGUGGUUGACCCCCAGCCGGCGGACCUGACGGUGGACCUUUUCCCGUACCAGCAAAGCAGCUGCCAGUGGAUGCUGGACCAUGAGAGGGACCCUCGCGGCCUCAACGGGUACUUCUGGGAAAGACGGGAGUGGGCGGAUGGCGGGGCCCCGCUGUGGUACUUUCCCCUGGCGGGGGAGUUCCGCCUGGCGGAGCCGCCUCACAUCACGGGGGGACUCCUCUGCGAGGAGAUGGGGCUGGGGAAAACGAUAGAGGUGCUGUCGACGAUUCUUGCAAACCCUCGCGACGGAGGCUCGCACUCCUCACUCAAGCACCGCAAGUCGCUCCGGGAGCAGCCCGACCGCCACUUCGACAGCGCGAGGAGGCUGGUGUCUCGCGCCACGCUCAUCGUCGUCCCCGUGUCGCUCGUCGGACAGUGGGCAGAGGGCCACGUGGAACUCACGGCUGACCAAGUUCGAAGAAUCGAAAACCGAAGGCUGUUCGACAGCGACAGAAGUAGCGACGACGCUAACCUAACAGCAAGAGCAGCAUCAACAGCAUCAACGGCGUUGGGAGGUGGUACGGGCUCCGGGAACGGCUCCUGGAACGGCACGGCUGCGGCGGAAGCAGCUCGAGGCGCCGAGGACGAGACGGUGCGGGUAGAUUUCAAGGUGGACGCGGCGCUCGUGGCGGAUAACGACGUGGUCCUGACGACCUACGAGCUCCUCCGCACCAGGAAGAGCCUGUUCCAGAAGAUCAACUUUCACAGGUGUGUCCUGGACGAGUGCCAGGAGAUCAAGACUGCCACCACCAACAUCGCCCAGAUGUGCCAGCAGGUGAAGGCCUCUCACCGUUGGAUGGUAUCGGGGACACCCAUCGCGGGGAAGAUCGACAGCCUGCACGGGGAACUCAACUUCCUCCAGGUGUGGCCGUUCAGCCUCCAGAACGACGGUUUCUGGGAGAAGAAGGUCGGGGAGCCCUUCGAGGCGAAGGACUACGGGGCGCUGGAGCUGCUCAGGGCUCUCAUUGGAGUGGUCAUGAUGCGCCACUCCAAAUCGCAGACGUACGUGGACGGACGGCCUUUGGUCAAGAUCCCCGCUCGCACGGUGGAGUGGCGAGGAGUGGAGUUCUCCUCGGCGGUGGAAUCGGGCCAGUACUCGAACGCUUCCGCUCCUCACGCCAGGUAUGUUUACAAAUACCUGGAGAACCUCUGCGCGACGGUGUGCCGGAAGAUGGAGGAGAACGUUGCAAGAGAGUCCUCAGCCGGAGGUUCCGCCGGGGGAGCAGAGGCGAAUGGCAUGGGCCGUCGGGAGUUCACCAAGCUCAAGUCGCUGCUGGCGCUUAUGCAGAAGGCUUCGACACACCCGGGGCUUGUUAACCUUGGCCAGCUGGACAUGCUCAAGAGAUCCAUCCAGGUGGUUGCACCCGUACAGCCGCUGUGGCAGUGGCUUCCCGUCGGAGGCAUGGCGGGGCCGGCACCCAUGGCGUCUCAACUGCAGGCGAAUGUCCAGGCGGAGCUGAAAGCUAGGGCGGACGCGAUCGAGACGCUCCCAGCGGAGGAAGUUCUCCGUCGCUUGGCGCAGAAGGGCGCGGGCAACAUGGGCGGACUCAACCGGAACAGGGGAAGGGGAACCGUCACUGGGCCGUCGGCGGGGAGGCGGGAGAUCACGCUCAGGGACUCGCUGCAGGCGAUGCCGCUGUCGCAGCUACAGCACAGGCUCGAGGAGGAAGGUCUCCCGGUCCCGCGGUCGUGGGCGGUUCUGAAGCCCAAGGCGGACAUCGUGACGGGCAGCGUCGACCUCCGCUUCGGGGUCGCGCCACCCCCCGCGCUGCUGCCGGCGGCGCCGUCACCCCCCUCCGGGUCGGUGGCGGAGGGCGACGGCGGAGCAGAGAGCGGCGGCGGCAGCAGCAACAGCAGUAGCGGCAAAACGAAGGGGAAGGGCAAGAGAAAGAGGGACGAGGGCCAGGCCGACUUCGACGUGCGGAAGCUCCUCAAGGUCUCGGACACGAUCAGGGUGGGCGUCAACUCGGAGGACAACGAGGCGACCAUCGAGGAUAUCGGAGAGAGAUCGGCGACCCUGGCAUGCGAGUGGUCGGAAGGGGCAGUCAAGGCCGGGUCGGUGUAUCGGUUCUCCACUUCCACCCGGAGGAAGCCGUACGUUGACCUGCUUGUUGCAAGCGACAAGGCCAAGAAGGACACGGAGGUGCAGGUCGCGGGCUUCAGCGCCAUCUAUAAGGCAAUGGCGGGAGAGCCGGUGUCAUGUCCCAUCUGCAUGUGCAGCGUAGUCCGCCCUACCGUUACCAAGUGUGCGCAUCUGUUCUGCCGUGAGUGUAUCUCGCGCGAGCUCCAGCGGACUCCCGCCUUGGGCAUGAUCCAGCUUCCUCAGGCCAAGUGCCCCAUCUGCCGACGAACGAUGAAAGGGUCGGAGAUGAUGGAGCUUCAGACUCUGAGCGAGGUGGAAGAGGCCAUGGCAAUCGACGCUUCUUCUGCUGCUGACAACAGCAGCGGAGACGCUGGCGCCGGUGCAGCAGAAGGAGGGCCUGCCGCAGCGAGCGAAGGGGGCGGUAGCAGCAGCGGCAGCAGCGGUAGCGGUAGCGGUAAGGGCAAGAAGAAGGCCAGGCGGGAAGGGUCCGAGGACGACAAGGAGGAAGAGGCCGAGGAACCAACAUGCGGACACGAACACUCACACGAAACUAACACCGCGGCGGGGGCGGGUGCUUCGGCAAACAACGGUGCCUCCGCCUCUGCCGCCGCGCCUUCUGACCGCGCCGCCGCAACCUGCGGCAGCGGCGGCAGCGGCGGCGGCAGCGGCGGGGCCGGAAGCGGCGGCGGUGCUCGCAGCAACGGUGGAAGCGUGGCCGCAAGCUCCAAUGAGAGAGGCGGCGUUGGCCCUACCUCUACCUCUUCCCGAGGCCCUAGCGGAGUGUCUACCGGUGACCCCAGAUCGGCGGCGGCAGGUGCUAGCGCCGCCGGGGAUGGGUCGGCAGCAGGUAGUGGCGGGAUGGUGGCGGGAGCGGCGCCGGCGGCUGCAGAAGAGGACGGUGUCGCGGGUCCUAGCCUGGUGAUUCCUACGUUCCGCUUCACGCCGACGGCGACGGCGACUUUCCUUUCCCAAUACAGGGCCGCGACGAGUUCACAGUCCAGCGUGAAGCUCGACGCCCUCGUCCGCGAUCUGGACACCACCCUCCUGCACGACCCCACCGCAAAGUUCGUCAUCUUCAGCCAGUACCCUCAGGUGGUGGAUCGAGCGGGAAUCGUCCUGAGCGCCAGGGGCAUCCGCUCCACCUCCAUCGUCGGAGGCCGCACCAGGGUAGAACGGAGCUCGGCCGUCUCCUCCUUCACGAACGACCCGUCCAUCAAGGUCAUCUUGCUCACCACCGGCUCCGCCGCCGCCGGCCUAACCCUGACCGCUGCGAGCACGGUGUACAUGCUGGACCCAGUCUGGAGCGCCGCCGACGAGGCUCAGGCUCUCAACCGGGCGCAUCGUAUCGGUCAGACGCACACUGUUCGAUGCGUGGUGUUCUACAUGAAGGACAGCGUGGAAGAGCGUCUCCUGGCUCUUCGCCACUCCAAGGGAAACUUCGCCCAGUUCCUGGAGAGCGCUGACUCAGUGGUGAGCCUGGCGGCGCCUGAAGGGAGUGGGAGCGGAUCGUCCUCCCCGUUGUCGUCUUCCUUCGUCAACAUGUUCGCCCUGCCGGAGCUCAAGAAACUGUUCGGCAUGGUGGGCUCGCAACCCGCCGGCGCCACCGGUGGUGCUGCUGCUUCUUCUUCUUCUUCUACCCCUGCCCAACGCGGAGGCGGUAGCGGUAGCGGUGGCGGCUGGAGCAGCCACGCGGCCGGUGGCGGACCUGGGAGCUCCGGUGUGGGCGCCGGGGUUGGUGCGCGCGUCCCGUUGGGCUAUCUCAGCUCUUCCGAUAGCGACGACGAUGACAGUGAUGGCGACAGCGACCGCAGCCUCGCAGUGGGAGGCGGCGGAGGAGGAGGAGGUGGUAGGGCGAACCAGGAGCAGCGGGACUUGGCGAGGGCGAUGGCGAUGUCGCGGGCUGUGUUUGAGGCUGGUCAUUUGGGAAGAGCCAGUGGUGGUGGCGGUGGCGCGGGCGCUGGGGGUGGAAGCGGCGGUGCCGCUGGUUCUCCCCUUGACCUCACCCGCCCCUAACGCGGAGGUAGCGUGGUUUUUAUGUUUGUGUGAGGGUCUUGUGUAGGACCGGAGUUUUUUAGGUGGUGGUUGUAGUGGCAGCGAAGCUGCUGACUGGUCUCGGUGGGGCGGGAAGCAGCGACGCUGGUGAAGCGAGAGACUCGAGUUGUUUCGACGGGUGGCCGAGCGAGUUUGUUUGGAGCGGCCACAGGGAAGUCCACGACGCCCCCCCCCCUCCCGCCCUUUGCAUAUUUCUGUCGGCCGCAUCAUUCGCGAUGGAACACUGGGGUGUGGCGAAGGGUGUACGAUGGAAGCCCAAUGCGUUGUAACGGUACGGGAUUUGAUGCUGUCUCCCCAUCGUUUGUUGGGAACUUGGAUACACAGGGGGGAUCCUGUAGGUGGAUAGUUGUGUUGCAUUUUUGUUUCUGUUUUUGCUGGUUGAUAUUGCCUUAUAUCGCCUUAUGUUCUGAGAGAGCCGUUGCGUUGUUUUCUUGUCUGUAUCGAGGUGCGGAGGGCGUGAACAAGGGCGGCGGCCGGUAUUUUUUCUCGCACAAGGUGCUACAGUAGUUGGGCUGUUUUUUUUUACCAGAAACGUGAAACAAAGAUUAACGGGCAGCAGCGCGUAGCAAACCCCUUUGCCAGAACUUGAUACUACUGCGAGUGGUUUUGUUCAUUAUGCUUGCCGAAAGACGCACAGCUGUGGCUCUACUCUCAAUGCGUGUAUGUAGAGAUAGAGAUGAAGGUGCGGCCACGAUAACAAAAAGCAUUAUGGAGCAUUUUCUUGUUGUGUGCUCGUUUUGUGGCGAUUUUCGUGUGGCGCAAUUCAACGAAAGUUGCUGCGCUUCACCCUGUACCGAAUAUUGGAGUCUUUUCCCCUGCAGAGCUCGGCGUGUGCGCGCAGGGAGGCCGGCUUGUGCCACGUGGGUAUUUUGUAUCUCGAGGGGCAGGUGAGACCGCCACACAAGAAAAAAUGUUCGGUUUUUUUCCGCGUCGGGAUGUUGGUGUCGGUAAAAUUCUGUAGCGGUUUGCAUAUUUCCCACCCCGGCAUUUUUCGUGUUUGUGAACGGUCUGCAGUACUUCCGGAGCGGGCUUGAACGAGGAGGGCGCGGGGUCCGGGGAUAGUGUAGAUGCCCCAUCGCCCAGGCUUCGACCGCCGUGUGCUGGACACAAAAAUCUGCGCACCUGGGUUUGAUUUUCGGCGCAGCCUCGGAAGUGAAUCUGGCCCUGCGACAAGCUGAAACAGAAUGAUGGUUGCAUGCAAUUUCGACGAGGGGAUGGCAUGUUGCGUUUUUGUGUGAUAUAUUGAUGGAGGUGGGGUCACGGGCUUGCUGUUGUUCUGGAGAACAGUAGGAGGGUGAAAGUAGGCACGCUGUGUCCCACUCCGGCUUUCCUGUUGACACGUUCUCUCUGCAUAGAUUUGAACGGCCCGUGUUGUUGUUGCUGCUGCUACUGCUGCUGCCGACGGUCACAUGAUUCAUUGUAGUUCAUUGGUUUAUUCAAUACCGUCUAGAGGGCGGUGUAUACCAGACCCUGAUGGGCCGAGUGUCAGAGCUUGCUUGCUCCACUGUUUUACGAAAGAAAGAGGGUGUCAAAUGCGAACGCUCUCUCAGGGAAGCCAUCUCCAAGAUUAUAGUAUGAGGUUUUAACAACACUGCCUUCUCGGCACCCGGCACUUGCUGUCUCACGUGAAAAAUAUCU